AUGUUUGUAAAAGUGGUCAGUUGGACGAGGUCGUUGGCUAGUGCUUGCGAGGUGAUGAAGGCUAGGAUGCGAGAGAGGGUGUUGGUCGGUACUUACGAGAAGGGGUUGUUGGCCUAUACUUACAAGAAAGGAUUGGUAGGCGAGAGGGGGCUAUUGGCUUUAGGCUGGUUGUUUCGGGUCGAGUUAGAGUUAUCGAGGGAGAUUGUGGUUUCGGAUAAGAGUCGUUUAAGUGAGGUUGGGGAUGAGAGGAAAUAG